AUUAUUUUUCAGUUAGUUGUUAACGUCGUGGUGAUCAGAAAUGAUUUUACCAAUUCUAUUAUGUUUGAUAUUUAGUUUUUUAAUCUGGUCUUUGUAUCAAACAUGUAAAAAAAAUAGUUUUUACAAAAACAUCCCCGGGCCAAGUGGAGUUCCAAUUUUUGGAAUUGCUUUUGAAUUUAAAAGCACACAAGACGUUUUAAUAAAUCUUACAAGCUAUAUAAAAACGUACGGCGACAUUGUAACAGCGAAAAUCGGACCUUUUCGAAGAUACCUUUUAGUAUCAGACUACAACUUUUUGGAAUGUGUUUUAAGUAGUACAAAGUUAAUUAAAAAAUCCCACCAUUAUACAUUUUUUCAAGGGUGGUUGGGUACUGGUUUACUCACAGCUGAUGGCGCAAAAUGGAAAACACAUCGACGUAUUUUAACUCCAGCAUUUCAUUUUCAAAUACUGGAGCAAUUUAUUGAAGUUUUUGAAAAAUGUGGAGACGUGUUGGUUAAAAAAUUUGAAAAUGAAGUUGGUAGGAAAAGCUUCGAUAUUUACCCCUACGUGACUUUGCAUACCCUGGAUGUAAUAUGCGAGAGUAUUAUGGGAAUAAGUGUAAACGCUCAGAACAACAGCACCUCAGAAUACGUCAACAGCGUUAAAAACAUAUGCAAAAUUUUUGUCGAAAGAUCAGUUUCUCCGCUACAAAUGUGUCGUUUCAUGUAUCCUUUCACUAAAAACUACUGGGCGGAACAAAAAGCUUUGAAAAUUUUGCAUCAACACACGAAUAGCGUAAUUGAUGCUAGAAGAAAAGAGUUACACAAAGCUGAAAACGGUCACAAUACUAAUCCAAAGAAAUCUAAAAAACCGUUUUUAGAUUUGCUUUUAGAAACCAAAAUUGACGGUAUUCCUUUGACACAAGAGGAAAUACGGGAAGAAGUUGACACUUUUAUGUUUGAGGGGCAUGAUACAACUGCUUCAGCAAUAAGUUUUACACUGUACUCUUUAGCAAAUAAUUUACAUGUGCAGGAAAAAGCUGUUGACGAACAGAAAAAAAUAUUCGGAGAGAGAAAGGAUGUAACGGCUGCUUACGCAGACUUACAAAAUAUGAAAUAUCUUGAGAAUAUUAUUAAAGAAAGUCUGCGAUUGUAUCCUUCAGUGCCUUUUUACAACAGAGAAAUUACUGAUGACAUAAUGUUUGACAACAAACUGCUUCCAAAGGGCGACACAAUAAUGGUAUUCGCCUUUGCAAUUCACAGAAAUGCAAAAUAUUUUGACAAUCCUGAACAAUUUAAUCCUGAUAGAUUUAAUGAUCUAGAAAAUAAACUGCCAUAUGCAUACAUACCUUUUAGUGCCGGACCAAGAAAUUGCAUAGGGCAAAAAUUUGCAAUGCUAGAAAUGAAGAGUACCAUUUCCAAAAUUUUAAGAAAGUACAAACUGUUACCAGCAGAUCCACAACACGAAUUAAACCUGGUAUCAGAGUUAAUUUUGAAAUCCAGUAAUGGCAUAAAAAUUAGUAUAGAACCUAGAUGUUAGAUAAUUUGUUUUGUAUUUCGUUCUAUUAAAUAAAACUGUCUAUGAAUAAA